AUGGCAGCCGCCGCUGCAUCUGCUGAGCUCGACCCGAGCAACAGCUCCAAGAACACUCUCAAGCUCGAAAACGUUGACUUGCCCCUCCCCCUCCGUCGCAUGCACCCGACCGAGAAGCGUGAUACCCUGAUCGCAAUUGAGAAGAAAUACCAGGCGCAAUGGAAAGAUAACAAGGUUUUCGAAGUCGAUGCGCCCUCCUUCGCCGAGGUGCCUCAGGGCUCCAUGUCCCCCGCUGAGCUGCGUGAGAAGCACCCCAAGUUCUUUGGUACCAUGGCAUACCCCUACAUGAACGGUACCUUGCACGCCGGUCACAGUUUCACUGCCAGUAAGGUCGAGUUCAUGACCGGCUUUGCCCGCAUGGAGGGCAAGCGGGCCUUGUUCCCGCUCGGAUUCCACUGCACUGGUAUGCCCAUCAAGGCCUGUGCCGACAAGCUGCGUGAUGAGGUCAAGAUGUUUGGUCAGAACUUUGAGGGAUACAAGGAAGAGGAAGAGGCUGCAGUCCCUGCUGCGCCCACUCAGGAGUCCAAGCCGGAGGUUAAGGAGCAGGCCGAGAAGUUCUCGGGCAAGAAGAGCAAGGCUGCCGCUAAGACCGUGAAAAUGAAGUACCAGUUCCAGAUCAUGCUGGCCAUUGGUGUCCCACUGGAGGAUAUUCACAAGUUCGCCGAUGCCAACCACUGGCUGCACCACUUCCCUCCCCUUGCCAUCCGCGAUCUCGACAGCAUGGGUGCUCGUGUCGAUUGGCGCCGUCAGUUCGUCACUACCGACGCCAACCCCUACUACGAUGCGUUCGUUCGCUGGCAAAUGAACCGCCUCCACGAACUCGGCAAGAUUAUGUACGGUAACCGUUACACCAUCUACUCGCCCAAGGAUGGCCAGCCUUGCAUGGACCACGACCGCACUGAGGGUGAGGGAAUUGGUCCCCAGGAAUACACUGCGCUGAAACUGCAGGUCAAGGAGUGGUCGCCCAAGGUGGCCGAGCUCGUCAAGGGCAAGGUUGAGGAGGACGCCAAGGUUUAUUUUGUCCCCGCUACUCUGCGUCCCGAGACCAUGUACGGUCAGACCAACUGCUUCGUCGGUCCCAAGAUCAACUACGGUCUGUUCAAGCUGAAGGAGAAGGAAUAUGUUGUUGUCACCAAGCGUGCUGCUUGGAACAUGGCCUUCCAGGGUCACUUCUUCGGAGACAAGUUCCCCAAGACCCAGGAUGAGCUGCCUCUUGUCUUUGAGGCCCCUGGCUCGGACUUCGUUGGUACCUUGAUCAAUGCUCCUCUGUCCUUCCACACCGAGGGUGUCUACAUCCUGCCCAUGGAUGGCGUCUCUGCUUCCAAGGGUACUGGUGUUGUUACUUCCGUUCCUUCGGACAGCCCCGAUGACUAUGCUACCUUGAUGGACUUGAUCAAGAAGGCCGACUACUACGGCAUCAAGAAGGAAUGGGCCGAGAAGGAGAUUCAUCCUCUUAUUGAGACCCCCACUUACGGCAACCUGACUGCCCCUACUCUGGUCAAGCAGCUGAAGAUCAACUCCCCCAAGGACGUAAACCAGCUGGCUCAGGCCAAGGAGCUCGCCUACAUGGAGGGCUUCUACAAGGGUACCAUGAUUGUGGGCGAGUUCAAGGGCGAGCCCGUCAGCUCUGUCAAGGACAAGAUCCGCAAGUCGCUCUACGACAGCGGCGAUGCCUUCCCCUUCGCUGAUCCCAUGGGCAAGGUCGUCUCGCGCAGUGGCGACGACUGUGUUGUUGCUUACCUCGGCCAGUGGUUCCUGAAUUACGGAGAGAACGACGCCCAGUGGCAGCAGGAGACCCUGGGACACGUUGUCAACACCCUCAACACCUACGCCGCGGAGACUAAGAACGGAUUUGAGAAGAACCUGUCGUGGCUGAACCGCUGGGCCUGCGCUCGUACCUACGGUCUUGGCUCCAAGCUGCCCUGGGACCAGCAGUUCCUGGUGGAGAGUCUGAGUGACAGUACUGUCUACAUGGCUUACUACACCAUCGCACACCUUCUGCACGGUGACCGGUAUGGUAAGACCUCUGGUCCUCUGAACAUUACUGCUGAGCAGAUGACCGACGAGGUGUGGGAUUACAUCUUCACCCGCCGCGAGAUCGACGAUGCCCUGGUCUCCAAGAGCGGUAUCUCCAAGGACGCUCUGCUGCAGAUGCGCCGCGAAUUCGAGUACUGGUACCCUCUCGAUGUCCGUGUUUCCGGCAAGGAUCUGAUCCAGAACCACCUUACCUUCUUCCUGUACAUACACGUUGCUCUGUUCCCGCCUGAGUACUGGCCCCGUGGUGUCCGUGCCAACGGUCACUUGCUUCUGAACGGUGAAAAGAUGAGCAAGAGUACUGGUAACUUCUUGACUCUGAAGGAUGCCGUCGACAAGUUCGGUGCUGAUGCCACUCGUAUUGCCUUCGCCGACGCUGGUGACAGCAUCGAGGAUGCCAACUUCGAGGAGGCUGUUGCAAACAGCAACAUUCUGCGUCUGCACACCCUCAAGGACUGGAUCCAGGAGGUCUCCAAGGAUGAGACCCUGCGUACCGGUCCUGCUGAUGCCUUUGCCGACAGGCUGUUCGACAACGAACUGAACACUCUGGUCCGUGAGACCCAGAAGAACUACCAGGACACCAACUUCAAGCUCGCCCUCAAGUCUGGCCUGUACGACUUCACCAGUGCCCGUGACUCUUACCGUGAGGCUGCUAUUGCUGCCGGAGUGGGCAUGCACAAGGAUGUUAUCCUGCGCUAUAUUGAGCUGCAGGCCCUCAUGCUGGCACCGAUCACUCCUCACUGGUCCGAGUACAUUUGGCUCGAGGUCCUUAAGAAGCCCGAGACCAUCCACUACGCUCAAUUCCCUACCGUGCCGGAGCCCUCUCACGAGCUGUCUGCCGCCCAGGCCUACGUCCGCGGUACCGCCUCAAACAUCCUGUCCUCCGAGGGCGCCUUCGCCAAGAAGCUGUCCAAGGGCAAGACUUCGACCUUCGACCCGCGCAAGCCGAAGAAGCUCACCAUCUUCGCUGCCAAGAAGUACCCCGCCUGGCAGGAGAAGUACAUUGACCUCGUGCGCGAGGCCUUUGACUCUCUUAACAUCUCCUUCAACGACAAGGAGCUCAACGCCAAGGUAGGCAAGCUUGGUGAGAUGAAGAAGGCCAUGCCUUUCGUUCAGAACCUGAAGCGCCGCCUGGUCAAUGGUCGUGAGGCUCCCGAGAACGUCUUCGAGCGCAAGCUGCCCUUCGACGAGUUCGUCGUCCUUUCCGAGAUGCUGGAUGGCCUUAAGCGUACCUCCGGCUACAAGGAGGUUGAGGUCAUCGCUGUUGACGAGGGUGGUAAGACCGGCGAGGUUCUUGGUACUGGUGAGAAGAAGGAGGGUCUCCAGGCUGAAAAUGCCGUGCCUGGCCAGCCUACCUUUGUCUUCUCCAACGUCGAGUAA